CAUUAGCAUGCUGCCGUGGUUUAAGCUGCAGCCGGAGCCGCUCCAGUGGCUUUCUGUCCAUCUCUGGAACAACACACUCCCAUCUCUCGGUGUUUCUGAGACCCGGCCGUCCCAGCGGCGCCACCAGAGCUGAAGGAGACCCAACAUGUUGAACCUGAACUCCCCCGACGACAACAGGAAGUGCCUGCAGGACCCGGUGUCUCUGAACGUGGGCGGGGAGGUGUACACCAGCACCCUGGACACGCUGACCCGCUGCAGGGACUCCAUGCUGGGGGCCAUGUUCACCGGCCAGAUCCCGCUGGCCCGGGACGGCCGCGGCCACGCCUUCAUCGACCGGGACGGGAAGCUGUUCCGCUACGUCCUCAACUUCCUGCGCUCCGGCUCCCUGGACCUGCCGGACGGCUUCUCGGAGCUGGCGCUGCUGCGCAGGGAGGCCGACUUCUUCCAGAUCCGGCCCCUGCUGGACGAGAUCCGCCGCUACGAGGCCUCAGCGCCGCUCAGCGUGAGAGGGGGCCCGCUGGGGGCCAUGGUGCUGGUGGGCUGUGAUUCUAAGGUCCGCCUCCUCCACUUUAACCUGCGUUGUGGCCCAGAGAACUACGAGCUGGGCACGUGCUCGGUGCGGGCCUUCACGGUGGAUCUGUUCUGCACCUGGGGGGCGUUCCUGGGCCUGCUCUGCCAGCGUUUCUGCUACCGCUCGUCCCAGGGCGCGGCCAGCCCGCGGCCCCGCAGGGCCCGGGGCCGGCUGGAGCUGGAGUGGGUGCCCAAGCCCCACGAGCUCCCGCAGGACCAGUACGACAAGCAGGGCUACCGGGGGCUGGAGGCGGCCGGGGCCGGGGCCACCGGGGCCGGGGCCGGCCGGGAGAUCUGCAACACGCAGGCCUUCGUGGAGGAGCUGCUGAAGCUGGCGCUGGCCGAGGGGUUCAGGGUGGAUCUGGUGCUCCCUGAUCCUGCAGACAUCCUCAACUCCUCCUCCCUACGACUGGUCAAGUCCUGA